AUGGAUAGUCACGCAAAGGACACAUUGGGUGAAGUUCUAUGUUUAAAGCUGAAGUCUGGGGACAAAAAUGAUCCCUUCCAAAGCCAAGUGAAAAUUGAGUUGAUGCAGAUUCAGCGGCGAUUCAAGGCAUAUAAACUUGUGCUUGGAAAGGGAGAUUACAGGGCUACAGACUGGGAAGUGUUUAGGGAUGAUGACCCUUACAAGCUGUUUUGCCAAUUCCUUCUGUCGGAUGUGGGAAAAGCUUUCAGUCUCUGGACCAGUCUUGAGAUGGAGCUUCAGAGAGCGUAUGUUCCCGGGAUGCUGUGUCAGUUGCUGGCCAAUGUUCCAGCCACAGUCGACUUGAGACUCAUCAGCGACUGGCUCACUCAGCACGUUCUUGCAUUCGUCAUAGGAGCUGACCCAGAUGCUGUGAAUGGUGUUGUUGACUGGACUAAAGAACAGGUUGGCAGACUGGAGCUGGGGAAUGAGGACUCGUGGACAGAGCAGGCUCUCGAGCUUUGUCAGGCAGUGCUCCAGGGACUGCAGACCUUGCUGAAGGGUGGGGGCAGUCAUAUGUUGCCCUGUGGUGCGCAUCCCAGAGUGCAGGUGAAGUUGGAUAGCCGACAUGUCCUGUCCCAGCUCUACACGACGAUAGACUUGUUGAAGCAGUUGCAGGAGCUCAAAUCAAAGUUUGGCUUCCGUCUCUCUCUGCAUAGCCUCAGCCAGGAGACAAAGGCGGGUGUUGUGCAUCGCAUGCUGGACAAGGUGGUUGCCGUAGAUAUGCUGCCUGCCACCCUGCGGGAGCAAGUAUUGCCGUACGUCCGACACCACGGGCUGGACGUAGACACAAUAUUUGCCGCUUAUGUCGAGGAACUCAUCCAAACCAGCGCUCAGCCGGGCCUCCAGUGUGUGGGGAGCGACUGGGAAACGAAGGCAAAAGCUAUUGUGGAUGUUAUCAGUGGACCUGUGGAGAAAGUGAAGGCAGCUCAAGGCAUGUUGGAGCACACUCCACUGCCCAUCCCAGAGGCUGUGGUCACCGUGGUGACGGAUGUCAUCGCAACUGUUCGCCAUCCUCUGGUUGAGCUUCUUGUUGAGAAGUGGCAGAUGAAGGAAGCUGACAAUUUGUUACAGCGCUACGGCUUACCCAUCUGUCCGAUGUCCGUGGCUCAAGUCAAGGAGGUAGCAAAGUACAUGGUUGCCCAAGACCAGACCUCUUCCUGGGACGACGCCCACAAGUUCCUGACCGCCCACAGAGUGGACAUGACAUUGGAGCUGGCCUAUUUCUACACCAGGGUGUUGGUCAUGAGGAAACAGCUUGAAAAAGUCAAAACAUUUGUAAGCUCCCAAUCGCGAAGUGUUGGCAAGAAAUGUCUGUACUUCAUUGUGUCUUUGGCCGAAGGGAUGAUGGAGGAUAUGGGCGAGAGGUUCAUGAAGGCGUUGAAGGAGAAGAGGCUGCUCAUGUAUGAUGCUGCCAUAAAACUGGGACCAAUGCUGGGAGAUCUAGAGGAAAAUGCUCUGGAGCGAGAGGAGGCUCUCCGGCAAGGUGCUCGAGUGAAACAGGCCAGGGAUUUGGAGCUUGAAAAAGUCAAAACAUUUGUAAGCUCCCAAUCGCGAAGUGUUGGCAAGAAAUGUCUGUACUUCAUUGUGUCUUUGGCCGAAGGGAUGAUGGAGGAUAUGGGCGAGAGGUUCAUGAAGGCGUUGAAGGAGAAGAGGCUGCUCAUGUAUGAUGCUGCCAUAAAACUGGGACCAAUGCUGGGAGAUCUAGAGGAAAAUGCUCUGGAGCGAGAGGAGGCUCUCCGGCAAGGUGCUCGAGUGAAACAGGCCAGGGAUUUGGAGAUUCACUUUGGUAUCUGUGUGGGCAGCAGAGACGUCUGGGGCUCAAAGACAGCUGAGCAAAUAUUCAGGAAGCACAUAGGGGACUUGUCCAGGACCAUGCUUCUCAGCUUGUCCCGCCUGCUGGAGCUGAGUCGGAGCCAGACUGUUGUCGAAAUGCUGACCGCUGCUGCUGAGCAGUCCACGUCCGAGGUGUACAGAAAGCUGUUCAUGAAGCUGGUUAAUGUGAUGACUGAGUACAAAAAGUGUCCAAACAUCCACAUGGUGGACCUGGCAUUUGACUUGAUGAAGAGUGACAAGGAGACUGUGACCUUGUCCCUGCAGCUGCUGAAGCAUGUCGCUGUAGACUGUCGGCUUGAAAUUCUUCCUGAGGUUCUAAGGUUUUGCUCCUAUUUGUCCGUGGUGGAAAAUUCCUUGAGAGUGUGCCAGGAUCAUGGAGACUUUGAAGCAUCCUUUGUGGACUCUUUGAUGGCGGACUGGGGGUCGGAUGAUUUUGUGGAGAAGUCUCGGAACCUCCGUUCUGAAGUGGUCCUGACUGAUGUGUUGGAGGGCUUUCUGUCCGCAGUGCCAGGGGAGGGUUCAAUGCUCUCUGUGUCCACUCUCUCUGAAGGCGACUCCUCUCCUGGGGAGGAGAGUAACUGCAACAGUAACACUAUUGGUUAG